AUGGUUAGGCUUGACUACCUCUACACCUGGACUAUCUACACCUUUUUAUGUCUUGCCGUUAGGGGUCCGUCGAUCCUUCCCCUCACCGUUGCCGGCCCCAUGAUUAUGAUGUCGAUUUCAGGGCAAGGGAUUGACCACAACCCAGACAAGCCUAGUUUGCUCGUGCGAGAUGAGCCAGACGCCGAUCCUAGACUGACGUUCACGCUCAACGUGUGGCCACGAGCCAUUCGCCACGUUGGGAAUUGCGUCGAUCUCCCGACUAUCGAUACCAAUUGCCUGGCCGGAGCCUAUCAGGAUCUUUGA